CCCUUUGCUUGCCCCCAAAAAUCUCACGCCUCGCAGCUCCUUGCUCUCGGCCUCUCGCCAUUUGCAUUCGCGAACGCCUCCGCCAAUUCCUCUCCGCCGCUUCUUCCUCCCAUCCCAGCCUGCCUCCCUCCGCCGCAGCCCGUGCUCCCACCUUUUCUGCGUCGCCUGAUUCUCCCCGCGCUCGAUUUUUUUCCAUUUCUUCCCCUUUUCCUGCUGAGUUCUUGGGGGACGCCGACAGGAGAUUUUAUUCUUUUUUUUUGCGUCUCCUGGGCGAUCCCGUUCACGGAGGCGGCAGAUUUCAUCGUGUUCGACCUCUGCUUUCUGUUGUCGCUGCCGCCGCCGGUGCCGGCUGCUUCUGUCCUGGGCGCAGCUCCGAGCGCACCAGGCCGCCAAGGGGAACCGGAGAUUUGAGCUCUGGGCCCGGCUCAUGGCGUCUAUGGUGCAGCUCGAGGAAAGGGAUGGAUUAGACUCAUCUGGGUUGCCAAUUGACAAAAGGCGGCCGUUGGAUGCUGCCAAAUCUCCUCUGAUGGAUGAUUCAAUGCAACCCAAGGAGGGGAUGGAUGGGUACCCUGUGAAGGUUCGGAAGCCUUACACCAUCACAAAGCAGAGGGAGAAGUGGACGGAUGAAGAGCAUGAGAAGUUCCUGGAGGCACUGAAGCUUUACGGUCGGUCUUGGCGCCAGAUACAAGAACACAUUGGCACGAAGACUGCUGUCCAGAUUCGGAGCCAUGCUCAGAAGUUUUUCUCCAAGGUGGUGCGCGAACCUGGUGCAAGUAAUGCAAUCGAGAUCCCACCCCCAAGGCCAAAGAGAAAACCACUGCAUCCAUACCCUCGCAAGUGUGCUGAUUCCAGCACCAUAGCAAAUCCUGCAAUGGGCCAGCCAAAGCUUGCCUCUAUUUCAUCGUCAUCUGGUUCUGACCAAGAGAAUGGUUCACCUGUGUCUGUGCUGUCUGCAAUGCAGUCGGAUGCUUUUGGAUCAUCAGUAUCCAAUCCGUCAACAGGUUGUACAUCCCCUGCGUCAUCGGAUGAUGGGAAUAAUGUCCCUGUGUUGGUGAAUGAGGAAAAUUUACUUACCCAACAAAUCGAGGAUGAUCAGUCUGGUCAGGAACUAAAGCUGGACAACAGCGAUGGUGACUUAUCUGAAGAGGAUUCAUCAUCAGGAGUGCAAGAAACAAGUUUGAAGCUGUUCGGGAAGACAGUUAUUAUUCCAGACACAAAGAAAGUUUGUUCCUCAGAUGGGGAAUGUGGAGAUGGUGAAAAAAGAUCUCAAUCUUCUGAGCAAGAGGCGUCGCAGGCAUCCUCAAUUGGAGGGAUCGCAGCAUACCCUGCCCAUAAUGGAUGGCUGCUUCCUUACCAUUCUUUGCAGUUUCAUAUGGGUGAGUCGGAUGCUAGGAUUUCCCCUCUUCAUGUAUGGUGGCCUUGCUAUGGUUUUCCAGUCGGCGAUCCAAGAGGAUUUGGUAUGGGGCUGCAUAUUGAAGGUACCUGUGAGAGUGAUACUGACAAGAGCCCUUCGGUUGAAUCCAGUUCAAACUGUAUGAGCUAUAUUCAGUCGAUGGCGCCUACCAACUGCAAAGUUGUCAAGGAGUCACUAGGAGGCGCAAUUCAGGUGCCGGAGCCAGCUCUAAGUUUUGAGCUGAAACCGAGCGCGAAUUCAGCCUUCAUAAGAGUGAAGCCCGGCAGCAACAGAGGUCAAUCUGUAAGGGGAUUUGUGCCAUAUAAAAGAUUUAAAGUCCAAUAACCCAGCCAGAUAUUUCUCUGCAGCUAAUUUAACUGAGAUUAAUUAAUUCUGAACAGUAGAGAGCACCUGCGCAAUUCCUCGUUGCAGCGUAGGUGCGCACCAUUUUUUACUUGCAGAGAGGCAGAGAUUGGCCGUGUAUGUGUAUCAUUGUUUCCUGCCAGCAGCUUAAUGUAAGAUGCUGCAAGCAGUUGCUGUCACUUAAGGUAGACUGAAGAAAGGUUUUGCAGGGAUGCCGCCGAUCUCUAGCCUGUUAUGUUGUUGUAUAAGGAAACCAGAUUUUGUUUGUUAAACUCUUGUUCAAAGUUAAUUGCUAAUGGAAACUGAUUUGUGAAUGGACA